CUGUUGCUGCACAGCGAUAGGAAAAUGUUUAGUGUCAACAAAAUCUGGCCAUUUCUCACUGGGCUCCAACACUGUUGUUCAAAAGAUGUCCUACUUUGACCGGGACGAUGUUGCUCUCCCCCAUGUCUCGCGGUUCUUCAAAGAUCAGUCCCAGGAGAAGCAGGAACAUGCAAAGAAGCUGCUGAAAUUCCAGAAUCGGCGUGGAGGCCAAGUCCUCCUCCAGGAUGUGAAGAAGCCAGAGGGGGAUGAGUGGGGUAACAGCCUGCAGGCAAUGCAGGUUGCCCUGGAUCUGGAGGAGAAUGUGAACCAGAGUUUGCUGGAUCUACACCAACUCGCCACAGCCCAGACUGACCCUCGUGUAAGCUUCACCGCCUUCUCAUUCUUAUCACUGCUAGACCCUCAGGGCAACACUUCAUUGGUUGGUCUUUGUGGAUGA